UUCCCAACCCCUUCUCGUACUAUAUUAUAUUCUUCUUUCAACAAUUCAAGAAUCCCCUCCUGCCCCCAUCUCCAGCUGUCAGCAUUUCCCUCUUCUCUGUCCAGCCAAGGUUCAUGUCUGAACUCCACAUCCACAUACCUACUGCCUUUGAUCCAUUUGCUGAUGCAAAUGCAGCUGAGAACUCAGGUGCGGGUGCAAAGGAAUAUGUUCACAUCCGCAUUCAACAGCGCAAUGGGCGGAAAAGCCUGACAACCGUACAGGGUUUGAAGAAGGAGUUCAGCUAUACCAAGAUUCUGAAAGAUCUCAAGAAAGAGUUUUGCUGCAAUGGCACUGUUGUCCAGGACCUUGAACUUGGACAGGUUAUCCAGCUCCAAGGUGAUCAGAGGAAGAAUGUCUCCACCUUCCUUGUUCAGGCUGGGAUUGUGAAGAAGGAGCAAAUCAAGAUUCAUGGUUUCUGAAUUGCAGCAAACAGGAA